UGUCAUAAGCCUUCAUCCAGUCCAGGGGGACAGGAUCGCGGCUCUGUCAGUGUCUUUCCCCGUUCUUGAGCGCCCUGCGAUGCGGUGCUGAGCAGGUGUGAGCAUCGUGAGGGACGGACGCACGGACGCAUUUGCCCGCUACGUAAGGAAAACCAGGCCAUCCUGCUAAUGUUCCUUCAGAUGAGCUUCUAGCUAUAACCCCACCAGGUGGUUCUCACUUCAGCAUCAUGCUGCACCUCAUCCUGCUCCCCCAUCUCCUGGUCCUGUCACUCUCCCCUGCAGAUGCAUCAGUGCCUGGGGAGGUACCUGACUUUUAUGGAGACGAAGCCACAGGUUACGGGCCUGUGUUUGAGGAGCAGCCGGUGAAUACCAUCUACCCCGAGGAGGCUCCUGAGGCCAAAAUCAUCAUGAACUGCCGGGCUCGAGCCAAUCCACCUGCCACAUACAAGUGGAAGCUGAACAACGUGCUAAUUGAUCUGAAUGAAGAAGGCAGCCACUACAGUUUAGUAGGGGGCAACCUGGUCAUCAGCAACCCCAUUAAAACCACACAUGAAGGAAAAUACAGCUGUUUGGCUACUAACACGCAUGGCACGGUCGUCAGCCAAGAGGGCUUGGUACAGUUCGGAUACCUUGAUCUGUUCUCGUCAGAGGAGAGGGAGUCAGUGAAAGUCAAAGAGGGACAGGGGGCAGUGUUGCUGUGUGCCCCGCCAGCACAUCAUCCAGCUGAGUUGUCAUUUCGAUGGAUCCUCAAUGAAUUCCCCACCUUCAUCCCGCUGGACAGCAGGCGUUUUGUGUCACAGAAAACUGGUAACCUCUAUAUUUCCAAAGUGGAUUCCUCAGACACUGGAAAUUACUCCUGCAUUGUGUCCAGCCCGUCCAUUUCCAAGAGUGUUUUCUCCAACUACAUCCCCCUAGUGCCUCUGACUGAACGUUCCAUCAGGAAAUACCCUGCUGACCUCAAAGUCAAGUUCCCAAACACCACUGCUCUGGUGGGGCAGAAUAUCACCUUGGAAUGCUUUGCCUUGGGGAACCCUGUCCCUGAAAUCCACUGGAAGAAGAAAGGUGGAACCCUGCCAUUCAGUCAUGAGGUGCGGAUGUCAGGGGCUCAGCUGCACCUGUACAACGUGCUGUUUGAAGAUGGCGGCAUCUAUGAGUGUGAGGCAGUGAACUCAAGAGGAAAGGACUUUCACAGUGCACGCUUGUCUGUAGAAGCUUUUCCUGAGUGGGUGGAUCACAUCAGCAGCACAGAGGAAGACCUCAAUAGCGAGUACACUAUGUCCUGCAGAGCCAGUGGCAAACCUAAACCGCAUAUCCGCUGGCUGAAAAAUGGAGAACCGACUCUUGUUAUUUUCCACAGUUGGACAGUCAGCAUCUUGACUUUUGACGAUUCAGGGAUGUACCAGUGCAUAGCAGAGAAUCCCCAUGGCGUCAUCUAUGCCAAUGCAGAGCUGCGUGUGUUUGCCUGUGCUCCCACAUUUGAACACAACCCAGUGAAAACAGUCCUGGCAGCUAAAAAUGGCCGGGCAGUGAUCGAAUGUCGACCCAAAGCAUCUCCAAAACCUACCUUCUCCUGGAGCAAAGACACUGAGUUGCUUUCUAACUCUACCAGGUUGUUCAUCUGGGAGGAUGGGCGCCUGGAGAUACUCAACGUAACGGAAGCAGAUGAAGGCAGUUACACCUGCUUUGUGGAGAAUGACUGGGGCAAGGCCAAAAGCACGGGCUCUCUGGAGGUUAAAGAUUCCACAGAGAUCACUUUGGCACCAUCCGAUGCUAAUGUCACAGUUGGCGAAAAUGUUCAGAUGCAGUGUAAUGCUUCACAUGACCCCCAUCUAGACAUCACCUUCAUCUGGUCCCUGGAUGGUCAGGUCAUUGACCUGCACAAGGACAGACAAUAUUAUGAACGCACACUGAAUGGAAGCUCAAACGGCGAGCUGCUGAUUAAAAACACCCAGCUGAAACAUGCUGGAUGCUACACCUGCACUGCGCAGACCCCUGUUGACAAUGUUACUGCCUCCGCCCACCUGGUUGUCAGGGGUCCCCCCGGUGCGCCAGGUGGGGUGCGAGUGACAAAUAAAACUGACAAGAAUGUAACGUUGCAAUGGAGCCAUGGAGCAAACAACCACAGCCCCAUCUCCAAAUAUACCAUCCAGUACAGGGAUUCCUUCUCAAAGGAUGUCUGGAAGAAUGCCACUACAUUUCCUGCAGACAUAGAGGGGACUGCAGACACAGCCACGGUGGUGGACUUGUCCCCCUGGACGGAAUAUGAGUUCAGGGUGAUUGCCACCAACACUCUGGGGACAGGAGAACCAAGCAGCCCGUCGCCUAAAGACAAAAGCCUGGAAGCAAGUCCUGUGGUGGCGCCCUCGGACGUCGGCGGGGGUGGAGGGGCUAGCAGAGAACUGAUCAUCACUUGGACGCCUGUACAGCCACAGUACUACUACGGGCCUAAUUUUGGCUACAUUGUAGCCUUCAAACCUAAAGAUGACUACGAGUGGAUGAUAGUGACAAUAGCUGACCCACAGGUCAACCGCUACGUCCACAAAGACUCCUCUAUCCCUCUGUCAACAAAGUUUGAAGUCAAAGUCAAAGCGUUCAACAGCAAAGGAGAGGGACCGUACAGCCAAGAAGCCAUCAUUUACUCUGCAGGGGAAGCUAUAUCAGAGGCUCCUCUAGGUGUCGACGGCAAAGCUCUCUCUGCCACAGAAGCCUUCGUGUGGUGGCAGCCACUUUCACAGAGCAAUGUAGAUCAAUACGAGGUGACGUACUGGAGGAAUCUGGAAGAGAGUGAAAGUGAUGCCCAGAAGGCGGAGGUGCCCAGCAGGGACAACCACACCAGGCUGGUGGGUAUGAAACCUGACACCCAAUACCUUAUUAAAGUGCGGGGCUCCAACUCUGCAGGACCUGGGCCACCCAGCGACCACCUCCUGAUUCACACCAAGAAAGCCCCUCCAAGUCAAGCCCCCAAAAUAUUAGGUCCAAAGUUCAAGGGGAAGUCAGUAAUGGUUUCCUGGGAACAUGUGGUAGCACUGAAUAAUGAGUCACAGAUAGAUGGUUACAAAGUGCUGUGCAGACAGCAGGGGCACCCCAAUGGCACUCUGUACAUGACCAGUAAGCGCUACAUAGACCUUCGUCUGAUACCAGAUGUGGACUAUGUGGUGGAGGUCCGGGCGUACACAGAGGGAGGAGAUGGGGCUGUGGCAAAAAUCAAAAUCACAGGUGGAGCUAUCAUGGCUGCCCAGUCUCUCAGUGUACUCCCCCUGCUCCUGAUAGCUCUCCUCUGCCUCAACCUCUGAAUGUAGCACCAUCUUUGUCUUCGCUUUCCAUGAAGAAGACUAUGGUUGAUGCCUAUAAGGACUUUGAGACUCUUUCCACAAUCGUUUGGUUCUUCCCUGUAAACUGAGAUCUCAUAUUCCAACUCUGCCCCUCUGGAAGAUGUUUGUGGAAAAGGAUGCAAAUGGAAAAAUUGGAAAUGGACAAAGACAUCCCUUAUUUAUCCACAGAAAGGCUCUCCGGAGGACUGUCAACUUUUUAAAUAUGCCUUAUAUAAAUAUCUGCACUUAUCUUUCACAGUAACCUGUUUUAAACUUGAUUGUGACUGAAAGAGUGAACAUUGCAUAGGUUGGCUGUUUAACAUCAUUAAACAUAAUGAAGCCAACCUCUCUGAUGUAGAUCAAACUGCUAUGUGUUUAUGUCUGUCAAGUGUAAACUUCAUUUGGUCUGUGAGGUUCUGAAAAAUCUAUCCAACAUUCCAUAGUUGAAGGUAAACAUGUAGCUGUGAAGGACAAGUGUACGGGUUUACUUCUUUGUCAUUCUUUACUUGAGGUCCAGUGACAUUUUCUUUCUAAAAUGAAGCACAUCUUCUGUGACAAAGAUACAGUUAAAUCAAAUCUCAACCUCUCGCAUACCUGAUUUUAUUAACAAGCAUCUAAGAAAAGAGCAAUUUAUUUAUGUCAUGCUGAAAUAAUAUAUCCAGUUACUGAUCUUGUUUUCUAAUAUACUAUUGAUGUUAUCUGAAGAAAACUAGAUUGGUUUGACCUGCAGUCAGUGCUUUUUUUUCCAAAUCAUAACAUGAACUUUAUUAACAGACCACCACUUUCAAAAUGUGCGCACGAUGACUUUGUUACAUGGAACAAAACAUUGAAAUGGUUCAAGAGCGUUUGGGUGUUUAGGCACCUGGAUUCAAAGCUGAAUAUAAAGCAAACCACACCAGCAGGAGGUGAACUAAACAACAUUUCAAAAACAAAGUGUACAAAGCAAAAUUGAAGCCGGUGUGUAACAGUGGUCAUUUUGAUUGCUUGCCACCUCUAGUUAUGUUUGUACAUCUGUGCAGUGAUCAAGGCUUCGCCACAACGUCUGGGUCAUUGUUGAAUCCAAUGAUGAAAACUGCUCCAUGUAAGUGACCGAAACCUAAACAAAAAAUACUUUUAUUUCGACUGUAUCACUUAGAUCUCAGUGGUACCAGCAGGUGCUUUGUAAAGAAUGUUUCCAUUUUGUUUAGUGUAAACCUUUUCAUUUCUUCUCCUUUGCUUAUGGCUUUGUGUGAGAGUCACUAUUAACAGUUGCGGUGAACAGUAGCGACGCUCAUACCCUCCAAUAAUUGUGCAAUGUCUGGUUCAUCUGUGGCCACUUUAUAUUUUCUAACUAGACAACUUGCCUAGCUCCUAUAAUUUAGUAUAUUUAAUUUGGCAUUAUCUGUUAUAAACACAAGAUAAGCAAAGCCAUCCUUGUCAGCAGUAUGAGCACAUCAAAAGCUCAAUAUUAUUUCCACUGAAUUGUUUGUCUUUUUAUUAACAUGUAAUCAGAGAUAUAUAAUCAUUAUCAACUGUUGUCAUUUUCCUUUAUGGUUCUUAUAUUUGUAUGUCUUCACCCACCUCUGGUCAGACAAGUUCAUUUCCUUUGAGUGGAGGAACAAAUGCUUUGUUUUGAUUUCCUCUGAUUCACUUGAUACUGGCCAUGGCCAUUAUGACUAUAUCAACAUCCACCACAAAGUGCUUUUCCCAGUUUUCCUUCAUGCAACAAAUCGUGGAAAGAGUUGCCAAAUGCAUGAAUGCCUUGAACUUUGACACUCUGGACAAAGUGGUGGCUCUACAUUGUAACGUGCAUGACAUUGGAGACAAAGUGGCUCAUUACUUUGCAACAAAUCGACAUCAUAGCAGCUUUUCAACCCCUCAGCUUCAUAUGAAAUACAUUCCAUUACUGAGUGACAUCCCUUUACGUCAGAGGCAGUGUAGAUCUAAGCCUAAUGUGUGCAUUAGCUGCUAAGCUUCAUAAAGCCAGUCAUCUCAUAUGAAGUUUUGGGGAGAGAGGUUUUUACACUGACUAAAAGAAUCUCACUCAUAAAAGCACAGAAAUGGUUCUGUAAGUCUCGCACACAAGAUGGUUGGGAUUUGAUAACAACACUGGUGGUUGUGGCGGCAUGUUUGGCUGUUUACUGAAGUUCAGUGUGGGAUGAAACUGGAAACUCUCUGGAACAAUAAAGGUGUAGUUAACUAUUAAA